AUCAUUCAUGGCCGUACUGUGAUCUUUCUGUGUCACACUCCAUUAGCCUCGCUGAUUGUAUCAGAGACAUGGCAAGUACUAGUGCUCCUGCUCUGUCUUUGUCAAAACUGGAUUUUCCAUUUCUGUCAUCUCAAAGAAACAUGAGGAUAGCUCCACUUUCACUCACUUUCAGCAAAGGAAACCUCCAUCAAUUUCAGAUGCCUGGUCGCAUUUCUAAGUUUGAUGGGUCGAGAUCAAAUGGGUUUGUGUUAUUUUCUUCUGUAAAUGGUCAAAUCGAAGCCAACAAUGCUCCUGAGGUCCAAGUUCAAAGCAGUUUUUGGAACUGGAAGGGUUAUUCUAUCCGCUAUCAACAUGCUGGCAACAAUGGCCCGGCUUUAGUAUUAGUUCAUGGUUUUGGAGCAAACAGUGACCAUUGGAGAAAAAAUAUUUCAGUUCUAGCAAGAGCACAUAGGGUGUACUCUAUUGAUCUCAUUGGUUAUGGGUACUCGGACAAACCAAAUCCUCGUCAGUUUGGUGAAAGUCCCUUUUACACAUUUGAUACAUGGGCCACUCAGAUAAAUGAAUUUUGCAUUGAUGUGGUCAAGGAUGAAGCAUUCUUCAUAUGCAACUCUAUUGGAGGUCUUGUUGGUCUUCAGGCAGCAUUUAUGGAGCCACAGAUAUGCAAGGGUCUAAUGCUUAUAAAUAUAUCUCUUCGUAUGCUUCAUAUUAAAAAGCAGCCUUGGUUUGGGAGACCAUUGAUAAAAUCAUUUCAGAACUUACUGAGAAAUACUGCUGUUGGAAAAUACUUUUUCAAAACUGUUGCCACACCAGAGUCUGUGAGGAAUAUCCUUCGCCAGUGCUACCAUGAUACCUCCCAAGUGACAGAUGAACUAGUUGAAAAAAUUCUUCUUCCAGGACUUGAACCUGGUGCCGUAGACGUGUUUUUGGAGUUCAUUUGUUAUUCAGAUGGCCCUCUACCUGAGGAACUAUUACCUAAAGUCAAGUGUCCUGUUUUGAUAGUGUGGGGUGACAAGGAUCCAUGGGAACCUAUUGAGCUUGGACGUGCUUAUGGGAAUUUUGAAUCUGUAGAAGACUUUGUUGUUCUUCCUAAUGUUGGCCACUGCCCUCAGGAUGAGGCGCCUGAUCUUGUAAAUCCACUGGUUGAGUCAUUUGUGGCACGCCAUGCUGCACUCUCAUCCAGUAUUUCAUAAACUACCUGACUGAUAUUGCAGUUUGUUUGCUUUGUGCUGCAAAGUAAAGAUGCUGAUUCUUGGAGCUGUAGUUAAGGCUCAAUCCUCUCAUACCAGAAUGGGUAUUGCAGAUACAUAUUGCGCCCUUGUUUGCACUCACAAGUAUUAUACAAACUCCUUUUCAUUUGUCCAUACCCAUUCGUGCGUAGGUUCUCUUCUACUGAUGAUUUAAAGAUUGCAAUUUGUUUAGUGAUAUGUCAGCUUCACACUGAGUCACUGAGCGACGUUAUAUAUGCAUACAAAGACCUCAGGUUUCCGGCAGAAGGGGCUUCAUGCUCUUCUGCAGGAAUACUAGUGUAUGAUGUUCUAUAUUCAACGUACACAGAAUCUAAGAUUGUGCAUCAUCAAAUACAAC